UCUGCUCUAACACACCAAACAGAAAACUUUUCCAAAUCAUUCUCAUGUCUUCUUUACAAACCCCUAUUCUAUCUUCUUCUUCUUCUUCUUCUAUAAAGAGGGUUCAUGCUGCUAUCAGUGUCCCAAAACUCCCGCGAGUUCCUAUCUCACUUCCAAAACUGCCUCCAUCAUCUACGAAACUGGUUCAGGAAUUCAAAGCUUCCAUACAUACAAUAAUUCCAGCAGACAAAGAUGCAAUGUCCACCACACAAACGUUUCAGGAUUCCUGUUAUCCAAACAAGUCCAAGGCCACCAUUCAACUGUAUGCAAUCUUAGAGGUUGUGGCUGACAGAGUUGAGAUGCACAAAAAUAUUGGGGACCAACGAAACAAUUGGAACUCUCUUCUUCUGAACUCUGUCAAUAUGAUGACCCUCACUGCCACAACCAUGGUUGGUCUCAACACUGCCAUUGACAACACUGCUCUCAAAUUAUCCUCCACUCUCUUGUUCACUGCGGCCACGGGCAUGCUUCUCAUCAUGAACAAGAUUCAGCCCUCACAGCUUACCGAGGAACAGAGAAACGCAACUAGAUUGUUCAAGCAGCUUCAGACUGAAAUCCAAACCAUAUUAGCUCUUGGAAAUCCUACUGAGGAAGAUGUCAAGAGUGCCAUGGAGAAGGUUUUGGCUCUUGACAAGGCUUACCCUCUUCCCCUCUUGGGAGCCAUGCUUGAAAAAUUCCCUUCAAAGUUUGAACCAGCUGUUUGGUGGCCUGAAACUAAAACUAAUGAAGUCGUGAAAUCCCAGGCCAAAAUGAAUAAUGGAUGGAGUGCAGAACUAGAAAUGGAGAUGAGGCAGAUUGUUGAAGUGGCGAAGAGAAAAGACGUGGAGGACUACGAGAGGCUGGGAAACUUGGCUCUGAAGGUCAACAAAACCUUGGCCAUAUCAGGUCCUUUGCUCACUGGGAUUGCAGCUUUAGGUUCUGCAUUAGCGAGCCAUGGCUCGUCUUGGCCAGGCAUUGUGGCGGCCAUGGCUGGGUCAUUGGCGGCUUCCACGAAUGCUUCGGAGCAUGGAGGUCAAGUGGGGAUGGUGUUUGAGAUGUACAGAAACUGUGGUGGAUUCUUCAGGUUGCUCCAAGACACCAUUGAAACCACACUUGAAGAGAAAGACUGCGAGAAAAGGGAAAACGGCGAGCUUUUUGAAAUGAAAGUGGCAAUGAAAUUGGGAAGAAGCGUUUCUCAGCUCAGACAACUUGCCACCAAAUUUGCUGCCUAUGACUCCGAAGGAAUUGCCGUGGAUGAGUUUGCUAGCAAGCUCUUCUGAGAGAAUUAAGACUAAUUAUUUUUUUCAUAAUUCGUUGAUUCAAUUUAAUUCUGUAAAUUUUUGUAUAUAUGAGGGGAUUCUUUUAUUCUUUAUGCAUGUAGUCUCUUGACUAUUGACAAAUAGUAAAUAUUCUUUUAUUUACACGUUAUACAGAA